AUGAAAAUCCAGGGUCCUCAAUGGGUCCCCAACUCGGCGGCGGCAAGGGAACCAGAAGCUGAAUUGCCACUGGAGCACAGCUCUUGUUUCUGUACUCUACUGCACGUUGGUGCGUGCAUUCUGACUGCACAUCUGUUGGACAUGAUGCAACAGAUGUGCAGAGCAUCGCUGCUGAGAAUUCGCCCUGAGUUGGUGCAGAGCUGCGAGAUCGCCUUGGCCUUGACAUCAUCAUCCCGUCUCUCUCAGGCUCGGCACCUUUCCAACACGUCAGUCGAGACCAACGGGACAGGGGCCCAGGCAGCAAAAACGCCAGACAUCCACUUAGACUACCGUACAGACAGCGAAUUAGAGGUGCCGGGCACCAAUGGGGCAAACACCUCGCGAUGCCCAAUGAGCUGGAAGACGCAUUGCUCCUCUAGGUUCACACGAAAUAUGCUUUUCACGCGCCUCAUCCGCGCGAACCAUCAGUCAGUCGGCCGCGCCGAGCGACAGACCGUCUUUUCGACACUCACUUACAAAGUCCAAUUACUCAAGCAUCUGCGUCGUGACAAUUACUAG